AUGACAGACUUCAAAAAUGCAUGCUGGAGUAAACAGGAGAAUAUAUACGCAGUUCACAUUGCUGCAAACUUCCUGCACACUGAUAUGUUAUCACUUAUUCUAAAUGGUGAAUGUAAUGCAAACAUCGGACGUGAAUGUAGUUCGAAAGAAGAAUAUGGCACAAAGCACAGGGGAAACCCAUUGUUUAUUGCAUCAAGAUUUGGUCACCAUGAAAUUGUUCAAGAACUGAUAAGUCAUGGUGCUAAGGUUUACGGAAAGGGCUUGAGAAAUCCCCUCUUGUACCCAUCUUAUUCUGGAUACGAUAAAACUGUUGCGUUGCUUAUUACAAAUGGGGCAAAUAUAAACGAAAAAGACCACGAGGGACACACUUCUUUGAUGAAUGCCUCCAGAAGAGGCUGGAUAGAUGUCGUCAAAAUUUUGCUGAAGAAUGAAGCUGACUUAAACAUAUGCGAUGACGAGGAAGAAGACGAAGAAAAAGACGAGGGAGAAGAAAAUGCUUUAGAUAUGGCAUGUUCUAGAGGCCAUUUAGAUAUCGUGAGUAUUUUAUUGGAUCAUGAUAUUGAUAUCAAUAACAAUGGUUUUGUUUCAAGAACUCUAUUGAUGAAAGCAGUUGAAAACCAACACGAAGACAUAGUCAAACUACUCAUUGAAUUCGGAGCUAAUAUGAGCUCAGAAAAUGACGAAGGUUAUAGAGCUUUACAUACAAGUGCUUAUAAUAACUCAAAUGCUAAAUUAAUGUCAAUUCUACUUAAAAACAACGCCGGCGUGAAUGUGUGCAAUCACAUGGGAACCACGCCUCUGAUGAUGGCCCUGCAUAGAAGUUAUAUAAAAAAGAAGUGCAUACAGGCACUGGUUGAUUAUGGUGCAGACGUCAAUUCGCAUGAUGGUUUUGGAGAUCACAUUUCACAUUAUGCUGGUAAAUGCACACUGUUAUACCUCUUCUCCUUCGACAUGGUGCAAACGUCAGUGUACUCAAUGAAAGUGGAUGGACUGCUCUCCACGAAAUAUGCAAUCGUGGCUAUUAUAAUUCCGUCAAUGCACUUCUUCAGUAUGGAGCAGACAUGA